UUGUACAUUUAAUUUGAUGCAGAUAUUAAAAUUUGAUAUCUGGUCUUUAACCCUAUAAAAACAAACACAGUAACUGAUUUUGGCAGAUCAGCUCCUCCAACCAAUCUGCAGUUCAGUCAACGAAGACCCGCCCACUACAGGGUCACUAUCAACGAAGCUCCUCCCACAUCAGUUCUCCAAUAAAUGCAGGAAUAUUCCCAUCAGACGAGCAUCAGAGCAUCAGGAAGAGCUGAAAUCUGCAAAGACUGAGUUUAUUAAAGAGGACAGUGAGAACAUGAGUGAUCCAGAACCCUGCAGAAUGAAACACACUGAAGAUACUGAAGAACAAAGAGACCUGAUGGAAGUGAAGGAGGAGAGUGAAGAACUGAGUGAAGUGGAGGAGAAACAUCAUGACAAAACUGGAGAAAAACUUUUGAGUCGCUCAAAGAAUAAAAAGACAUUUAUAAAGAAAAGAAGAGCCAAGAAAUCUACAACCUGCACUCAGUGUGGAAAGAGUUUAUCAACCAAACAAAGUCUUGAUGUUCACAUGAGAGUUCAUACUGGAGAGAAGCCGUUCACAUGUGAUCAAUGUGGGAAGAGAUUCACAUACAAAGAAGGUCUUGAGAUUCACAUGAUAGUUCAUACUGGAGAGAAGCCACACACAUGUGAUCAGUGUGGGAAGAGUUUCUCAGUAAAACAAUAUCUUGGGCGUCACAAGAGAGUUCACACCGGAAAGAAGCCACACACAUGCGAUCAAUGUGGGAAGAGUUUCAGUGAAUCUGCAUACCUUAAAGAUCACAUGAUGAUCCACACCGGAGAGAGACCGUUCACAUGUGAUCAAUGUGGGAAGAGCUUCAUACGAAAAGUACAUCUUAAGGAUCACAUGAGAGUUCACACUGGAGAGAAGCCGCACACAUGCAAUCAAUGUGGGAAGAGUUUCAGACACUCAUCAACCUUUAAAAAACACAUGAGGAUCCACACCGGAGAGAAGCCGUUCACAUGCGAUCAAUGUGGCAAAACAUUUGUUGGGUCAUCAAACCUGAAGAGACACCUGACAGUUCAUAUGAAGGAGAAGCCACAUUCAUGUUAUUUAUGUGGAAAGGGUUUUUCACUGCUGCAAAAAUUACAUACACAUCAGAAAAUUCACACUGGUGUGAGAGAGUACAUGUGCUUUGAGUGUGAGAAGACUUUUACUAAAGCCGACCAUUUAAAACAGCACCAGAGAGUUCACACUGGAGAAAAACCUUACACGUGUUCAUACUGUGACAAGAGAUUCAGUCAGUCAUCACAUCUGAAAAAACAUGCGAGGAUCCACAGCAGAGAGAAGCCGCACACGUGUGAUCAGUGUGGAAAGAGUUUCUCUAUUAAAAGUCACCUGAAGAUACACAUGAAGAUCCAUGCAGUGGAGAAACCACAUCACCACAGUCUGAAAUUAAGUAGUUCAUCUUGAUGUGCUGAACAAGAAAAUCUCUUCUGUGUAAGUUAGCCACAGCCAAAUCUGUCCUCUCCAGCUUUAGUUGGCAUCAUGGGCGACAUUUCACUGUUGAGGUGUGCGUGUUGGGGGCAACUGGUGAUGAAGAAAAAGCCAUGUGGCAAUAUUGAAAAUAUUUCCAUUUUAAACCAUGAAGGCGAGCUAGUUGAUAUCACACAAUCAAUGUGCAAACUUUGCAUUAUGCGGGUGAAGAAGUCUCAAACUCCAGUCAAUUAUUCACUACAGAAACUGAAAGUAAAAACUGACUGAGCUUUUGGCAGAUUUUUCAGAUUCUCUUAGAGAUGAUGAGAGAUGAAUAUAAUUUAUUUUCUUAAUAUUUCUCUUGUGUCCCAUAGUGAGAGAAAAAAAAAAAAAAUAGUAUCUUUCGUGAAUCAAGAAGUAUUUUGUGUUAAACAAGUUGUCUUUUAACCCUUCGCACAUAAGUUUAAAAUAUCCCGGCUGAGCCCCCAGCAUGUGUUUUUUAAGGUGACCGUUAUUUAGAAAGUAUCACUUUAUUGUUUCCAUGGUGACGCGUCAUUGCUUGUCACGUAUCACACCACAGCACUGUAUGACUGAUGAUCUGCUUUUAUUUCGUUUUUCCUUUUUUAUUCAAAAUAUUCACAAAUUUGUUAACUAUAGCAUGAAAUAUCUGAUAUUCCGAUUGUCAAAUAUGUGCAAGUGGAUGUGUUUUGCUGUUUAAACACCUUUAUAACGAUCGCGUCAGUUGAGCUGCAUGCGCGAUGGGCGCCGCCAUUUUAGUUUGCGCCGUACAGAGAAUCGGAUCUGUUAGAUUUACAACCCGUGAAUUUUUCCACUUCUCCCAAAAUACAGGUGCUGGUCAUAUAA